AUGGAUCCACUUUCCUCAAUCCAAAACCCUUGUCCAGGGUCGAUCCAAGGGGCCACCCCCACCCACUUAUUCCUAACCCUUAUUAACACACUAUUCGCGGCACAAUGCCGAUUCAACAUGGCCGAUCGGUACCCGGAAGAUCACAGCAAAAGAAUCAAAGAUGGCGACCGGUUCGAUUUCAUAGUAGUAGGUUCUGGAGCGGCAGGAUCGGCCCUGGCCAAUAAACUGAGCGAAAACGGCAGAUACGACGUUUUGGUGCUCGAAGCUGGAGGUAUACCGUCCACUACCAGCGAAAUCCCCAGUCUACUGUUCAGUCUCCAAGACACUCCCGAAGACUGGCAGUACAAGACAGCCCCAUCUCCACACAACUGUUUGGGAUUUAAAGAUAAAACCUGUGUGUACCCCAGAGGAAAGCUCUUAGGUGGAAGCACAUCCAUCAACGCCAUGUUGUAUGUUCGAGGAAACAGGAGAGAUUACGACAACUGGGCUAAACUAGGCAACCCUGGAUGGGACUACGAGAGCGUGAUGAAGACAUUCAAGUCUUUUGAAAAUGUUGACGAAGGUUUACUGAAAGGUAGCACUGAUUACGGUAGAGAAGGAUACCUUGACAUAAGUAGAUACGAAUCCGAUGAACCGAUUAAAGAAAGCAUUAAAGGAGCAGUCCAAGAAUUGGGUUAUAAAAUCACGAACGCCGAAGCAAACUUGGGUUACUUUGAUUCCUUAUCGAUUGUUAAAAAUGGUGUGAGGCAAAACGCUGGGAAAUCAUUUUUGGGGAAAGUCAAGGAUAGAAAAAACUUGUUUGUGUCGAUGAAUAGCCAAGUAACAAAAGUUAUAAUUGAAGGUAAAGUUGCUGAAGGAGUUGAGGUUAAAAUAGGGGACAAUAUUUUGACCAUCAAAGCGAAGAAGGAAGUAAUUUUGUCCGCUGGAACAAUAGGUUCUUCACAGUUGCUUAUGUUGUCAGGAGUUGGUCCACAGCAACACUUGAAAGAUUUGGGUAUUGAGGUUAUAGAAGAUUUACACGUGGGUGAAAAUUUACAGGACCAUUGUAUUUACCCUGGUUUUAUGUUCAAACUUGACAACAACGCUGUAAACCAACACCACCCCUAUCACAUUAUAGACGAGCUGCAUAAAUAUUUUAUGUAUCAAAAGGGCGAUUUGGCAGGAAUAUCCAUAACGAAUUUUAUGGGUUUUAUUAACACCAAAAACGACUCGGAAUAUCCGAAUCUACAGUUCCACCACGUGUUGGAACCACAAAAUGAUAACUAUUUGCUGAGGGAGAUCAUAAGGUGCGCAAAAUUUGAUGAUGAAGUCGCCAAAAGCAAAAUAGAAGCCAAUAAAGUCGCACCAACCGCCAAUUUUUAUCCGAUACUUCUAAACCCCAAGUCCACAGGAACAAUACUGUUGAACAGCAAAAACCCGCUGGACAAACCCUUGAUAAACCCCAAUUACUUCACAGAUGAAUACGAUGAAGACAUCAAUCUGUUACUGGAAGGCAUACGUUUCUCGGAAAAAAUCCUGCAAACCGACUCGUUCAAGAAACUUAACCCCCAACUUAUUGAUCUAAAAAUACCCAACUGCAAAGCCCACAAAUUCCAAUCGGACGAGCACUACAAAUGCGCCCUAAGAAACUUGGGCACGACCCUCUACCAUCCCGUGGGCACGUGCAAAAUGGGCCCCAAAAGCGACCCAACCUCGGUGGUCGAUCCCAGGCUGAAGGUCCACGGCAUACAAAAUCUCAGAGUGGCCGAUGCCAGUAUAAUGCCCAAAAUAACCAGUGGCAAUACCAUGGCACCAUCGAUAAUGAUCGGGUUUAAAGCUGGUGACAUUAUUCUGGAGGAUUUAAAUCGGAAAACUGAGUUAUAG